AACAUGUUUAUUACAGACGGGUUAGGUUUGAAUGGACGUUUCGAGUAGGUUUGUGCAUUUAACCCUCAUUGUUCAAGGUUUGCAACUUAACCCCACAACCCUCACCCCUAUGACCCCUAAAGCCACCGCCGCUCACCCUGCCCCUAAGAAACCCAUCUUACCCCGAACACCCCCUCACCCCCAAAACGAUAUUAAACCUUGGACCCCACAAAGCGGUGCUUCCCCGCUUGACUAUGACGACAUAGACCUGGAUCUAAGUUUACCGGAAACCCCCCCACCCACCCCUCAAAUUACAACCGACCGCCACCCUCAGCGACCAGACGGGCCGCUUCUGUUACGUCAAAGACCAAACACUGGCACCACCCAACCAAAAAUCGUCGGCAAACGUCGCGGAUUGAAACCUAAAAAAUCGUUUUUAGCUACUGUUGCCAUGGCAAAUGUUUCAAACGGUCAACGCGACCCUCAAGCACGUUACCAUGGCGACUCGAAUGCUAAAACUCAAGUAAUUACAUUCGAGGAUAUAUUUGGUUUGCGACCGAAUCAGCAGAACUCAAGCACAUUCGGUAAAAGUCAUUUUCCAUCAAGCGAGGGGGUUCUACAACAAAACAAGUCGUACCAACAGCAUGGUCUUGGAUCGAGGAGAAAUGCUGGAAAAAGUUUAGUUCACCAUACGCAUGAGAACUAUUCGUCCGGUGUGACUCACCUGCCCCACCUCGUGGAUCAUCACCACCACCAACAUGGAUCCACUGUGACGUCAGGAUCCGGUCAAGUUCAACUUCCUCCUACCAAGCUACCGUCAGCCAAAGCCAUGGGUUACAAGUCCAUGGCAGGCGGUCUUCCUUUGCAUGCGGGGGCGAGCAACAGACACAUGGGGGCUUUCCCUGAUACGGGAAACGGUCUUAACAGGAGUAGUACGUUCACAGGUCACAACUUGUUCAGUAAAACACGUCACAAUGCCUCUAAUCGACACGUAGCUGCGUCACAAAGCAACUCUUUCGAUGUUGGGUUGUCAGAAACGGGGAAUACCCGGGAGAACGUAGUGGGACGAGUUUUUGAAGGAAGGAAGUUACCAAUGUCUUCUGACGAAGCUGUAAAAGUAUUCGGAUCCCGCCUUACAACUUUCGAACAAAGCGAAAUCGUCGACUACAAUGAUAUUUGGUUUCUCGGUUUGGACGGCAAGAAAGUCCAAGGAGUGCAUGGAGCCUCACAGAACUGCGGCUAUGAUGACGAAAACGGCUCUUACAUCAAGGUUCUUCACGACCACAUGAUAUACCGAUAUGAAGUGUUAGAAGUGAUUGGAAAAGGAUCGUUUGGUCAAGUUGUUAAAGCACUUGACCAUAAGACCAACACACUGGUUGCAAUAAAGAUAAUAAGAAACAAAAAAAGGUUUCACCAUCAAGCACUUGUGGAAGUUCGAAUCCUAGAUGCGCUGAGGCGUAAUGACAAAGAUGGAGGACACAAUGUUAUUCACAUGAUGGAGUCGUUCUAUUUCCGGAACCAUCUCUGCAUUACAUUUGAGUUGCUUGGGAUGAACCUUUAUGAGUUAAUAAAGAAGAACAAUUUCCAAGGCUUCAGUCUUCCACUGAUACGUCGUAUCGCACAUGCUUUACUCAAGUGUCUCUGCCUUAUCUACAAAGAGAGGAUCAUACACUGUGAUAUGAAACCAGAAAACAUCCUGAUUCGACAGAAAGGUCAAAGUUCAAUCAAGGUCAUUGACUUUGGGUCAAGUUGUUACGAACAUCGACGUGUAUACACAUACAUACAAAGUCGUUUCUACCGAUCCCCUGAAGUUAUCUUGGGCCACCAAUACAGCAUGGCUAUUGACAUGUGGAGCUUUGGAUGCAUCUUAGCUGAGCUGUAUACAGGCUACCCCUUGUUUCCUGGAGAAAAUGAAGUGGAACAACUUGCUUGUAUUAUGGAGGUCUUAGGACUCCCACCUUCAGAUUAUAUUGAAACAGCCCAGAGGAAACGGCUUUUCUUUGAUUCAAAAGGUCAGCCAAGAUGUAUAACCAACAGCAAGGGUAGGAAACGUCGACCAAACUCCAAAGACAUCAGCACUGCUGUUCGUACAAGCGACCCUGUGUUCCUGCAUUUCCUAAGGAGGUGUUUGGAAUGGGAGCCAUCCAAGAGAAUGACACCAGAUGAGGCGAUGCAUCAUGAAUGGAUUGUAGAGGGAAGGUUCCAGAAGACAAGAGGUCAAUCCAGGCAUGUUGGGAAGAAGUCCAUUGUACCUGGUAGCAAUACAAAGCCAGUGUCAGCAACAAACAACAGCAAUAAUACAACAGACACUGAAAAAGCCUCAAACCUUCAACCAGAGAAAACAGUGCAGCCUUCAAGUGGCACUAGGAAGGGGAAAUCCGGAAAAAACACAACAGCAAAAAUUAAAGAAGAAACCACAGAAGGUGGUAAUGAUGGUACCGGACAAUCAACGGAUCAUAGUGGGGAAAAUAAUCGCUCUACAGAGACAUUUAGUGAUGAAGAUGCAAGUCGAGAGCGAUUACAACCAAUUGGAGCAUCCAACACCAGCAUGUUGGCAGAUGAUGUGGAGAAUGGAGACAUAGAAGCGGAGAAAACAGCUGCCAAGGAAUCAACCAAAAACCCCCAAAAGCAAACAAGUGCAAAAGAAAACCAGGAAAAUAAACUCAUAGUACCUGAAGCUACCAAGCUACCACCUAUCGCUUGAUGAUCUCCUCAAUUAAAAUGUUACUUUUUAAAAAAUUCCUUUAAAAUUGGGUGGUUGUAUUGAAGUGGUGUAAUAGAGCCACCUUUUACAUAGCUAUCAUGUCUCUUAGAAUAUGGUAAGAAGAUCAUAGAAUUAAAGCAGGAAGACCUGAAAUCACGACACAAUAAUGCUUAGUAUAACCUAAUCACACAAGUAGAAGAGAAAAGCGUGAAUUGAACUUUGUGACUGAUGUAUCUUGGGCAAUACCUUCAACUAUUACCUAUUCCUUACAGCUAUUUAUGUGAAACAGCCAUAUUCACACAGCUGAUUUUUGACCAGAGCUGCAAGAACUAUAAAUUUAUUAAAAUAACAAAAAUAAAGUUUGUUGGAAUCCCAGUUUAAACUACUGAAAUGCCUUUUCAAAUGCCGCUAACUUUAAAUAUUUAUUAAACUUCCGAAAUGAUGUUUCAUUAGCUUCCAGCCCAUUCAUCUGUAUGGCUCAAACCUGUAUAUUCAUUUAUUUAGUCUAUUUAAUAACUGCAGCCUGUGCUUGUGCCAAGAACAUACAAUUGUUGUUUAUUUUCUUCCAGCAGCCAUUUUGAAAGUGCCAGACCUAGCUUACUACUUUUGUACGUCUUAUUGUUCUAAUUUUCCUUACUGAAUACGAGAUUACGUACUGCGAUUCUUCAGUGUUUUAUUUAGGAUAGUUAUUGCCAAUUAGUUCUGUAAAUUUUUUUAUCUGCACCCCUCUGUAUUUUACAUUGCUUUUUAUUCCGCCCCAAAAGAUUUAUUUUUGUUGUGCAGAAUAUAUAACAUAAACUCACGUUUACCUACUAACAAAGCGACAUCCAAAAUUUGAACCAAGUAGUUGAUGCGUGCAAUAUACAACACACAAACUGGGUUAAUUUUAAAUGAACAACUCUUUUUUUGUAAUAAAGAAAAUAUUUUUAGAUGUUGUAUAUCACUAACACUUUUGUUUAUACAGCUAUCCUUUACUUAAGCGUUGUAUUGCUCUUAAAUACAAUCUUUAGAAAAAUG